AGCAUGCGCAGUGUGUUUCAGCUCCUGUUCGUGUAAACAACAGUGGUGUAAACUAGCGAGUUUUGGUUAAAACCGAAUUCUAGCAAACACACAGUGUGAUGUAAAGCACAUAUUUAGUAAUAAUCCAGCUUAGGUGAGACUCCCCGAUGGAGGAGGAGUGUGAGGAGGCUGCAGCCAUGCUGUGGUCCAUCCAGGAGGCUGUAGAGAGGCAGACCCUGCAGAUAGGAGCGUCCGCCUGCGGGGCCACAGCCGUGGUGGAUGUGCUGAAAGCCCUCGGUGUGGAAGUGGCCCCCGARGAGGCCGACCGCUGCGUGCAGACCCGGCUGAGGAGAAACGAGUCCCCGCUGCCUGACUACCUGCUGUCCCGCAGCGAAGCUGGUGCCACUCACGCUCAGCUGAUCCAGGGGGCUCAGGAGGCCAGUGGUGGGACGGUGACGGGUCGAUUCUUCCACCUGUUUCCUCGCCGCCGAGUCCUGCUGGUGCCCUGGCUCGCACGCUGGAUCCAGAAGGGCGCCGUCCCCGUGGCCACCAUGAACAUGCAGCAGGGCGUGCCCAAGGGCGAGGAGGUGCCCGACGCCUGGCACCACCAGCUCAUCUUCGGGGUCGCGCCCAACGCUGUGUUCAUGACCAACCCUUUGGAUGUGGUUAGCGAAGAAGCGGCGCACCGACGUCUCUGCAGCGACUCCGUGUUGCUGAUUCGUCGGGACGACGUGCUGCAGCGAGUAACGCCCGACUGCUCGCUGUCUACCCUCUCAGAGAAGCAGUCCGACCCGCGGUGGCAGGCCCUGGACGUUGAGGGUCAAGUGAAGAAGAUGAUUCUAGAGGAAGAACUGGAACAAGGUCAACCCAAACGGACUCACAUCACAAUACCAGCAGCUUACAGUUCGGGUGUGACGCUCUUCACCCUGCAGGACUCUGAGCUGGGACAGGAACUCCUCAGUGCUGCAGAAAUCCCUCUGUUGUGAUGCUGGAGGGUUAAAACCUGAAGAUUUGUUUAAUCUUAUAUUGAUGCUGCUGAGGUAACAGGACUGUGGAGACACCUGAACCACGUUAACAUUUAAUCGUUUUACUCUGUACUGUUAAAAGUCUUUAGCCAGCUUUAUUGUCAGUUCUCCACAUGAACCAGACAUACAAGGAAAUCACAACUCUCACCAUCCCUCCGUGAUGACAGGACAGGACAUUCCUCAUACUGAAACCACUACUUAAAGCUAUAAAGUGCUCCCUCUUUUUAUUUCUUUCAGCGCAGAUAAACAGAACUGAUUCCAUCACUUUUUGGCCCUUUACCGUCAUCAUCCAGUUAACUUAAUGAUUGAAAAAGUAUUUCUUGACUUCUUUCAAAAGUAAUGUGUGCUCGACACCAGCUUUGAUUUUCUAAACUUACGUCUGURUGUUUAUAUCAGAGUAUUUAUAAAAUGAUGGAGCCACGGCAGUCGAUGUGCCACGUUAUUGUCUUUUACUGAAAGGUAAUUUGUUUUUACAGACUGACCCCCGUGCCGUGACCCUGAAAGGAAGAAGCGUGUAUAGAUAAUGGAUGGACUUUAAAGGAACAACUUUAAAGAUGAUUUUUUUUUAGUCUAAAUUAGUCUUUUAAAAUGGUUCAAAUGAUUUGCAAUAAAUGCCUGUUUACAUGCUUGUAAAAUA